AUGGAAUACUUCUCAAGCGAAGAGGACAGAAGUAGUGUUGAUACCACCCCGCAGCAGAAAAAGAAGAAUGUUUCCACGUGCAUGGCUAUUUGCAUAUUGUCAUUUGCACUUAAAAAGGCUCUUUCUCUGAUAUCUCAUGUAGAAUUCAAACCACCCCUGCAUGAAUCCCCUUUUAACACGUACAUGCGAGAGAAGCAGAAGGAAAAAUACGAAAACCCUAAUAGAAGAGACAAAUUAGAUCGUCUUGCACUAUUCAAAGAUCUAUCAGAAGCAGGGAUUCUUUGCAGGAUAGUUUAUAAAAUAUCAGUAACUGACUUGUUUUAUGAAGAAUCUCUGGAAAUUCUGUCUGGAAAAGCAGUUAUAACGGAUAGUUUAGUCACAAAAACAAAAUUCAUUCAUGUUUCAGUUGACUCUUUUGGAACGGUAAUUAAUCACACCGUAUACACAACAAAUACAAUAAAUGCAGCCAUCAGCACUGUUAUACCCCGCAGUAAUGCGAAAAAUAACAGUUAUUUUCAUGAGCACGACUGGAAGACUCUGCACACCCUGCCUACAAACAGACAGGAAGGAAACACCCACCCCUUCUAUAGAAUAGAGCCAGAAAGCAGAAGAUACGUUGUCUACCCCCGGGAAAUAGGACAUGUAGGGGAGAUAAAGGACAAAACACAACGGCACACGAAUAAAUCAAAAGUGCAGAAAAAGGCAGCACUCAGAAUAUACCCCAUAUCACACAUACACAAGCUACUGACGCAAAAUGAGCUGUGGCAGCGCAACAAAACUAUCCCAAGUGAAACUGUCCCAUACAGAAUAAUAGAAACAAGCGGAAAGCCAAAAAUACCUGUAAUUAAUAGCAGUACAGAAGGAAAAGUACUUCUAUACGCCCCGUGGCAGACAAUAGACAUAGAAAAUGCACAAGACCCAGAUAGUAAAGAAUAUAGACUGUUUACACUAAGGGAUAUACCCCAAGAUAGCAUAUAUCUGCAAGAAACAGACUCAAUUAAGUACAGCAUAAGUGGAAUAGGAAGCAUUCCUUAUAUAGGGAAAGUAUACAACCACCAGGAAAAGAGAAUGGAAAGGGUUUACAGCGGAAUACUAAUUAAGAGAGAAGAAUAUCUCAAGCAAAAAAAUGCAAUUGUAAAGGACAUUCAUAGAAGCCUUCUUAGUGCAAUUCUUAUUAGUAACCGGAAAUUAUUGCUAAAUAUGCAAAUUAUAACAGAGCUAGCACUAAAGUACACCCAAAUACUAGAGGAAAUCAGCAAUAAAUAA